UUGUUAUUGCAGUUGGGCUAGUUCGAGCAUACCUGGCUAAAGGUAGCUACCAUAGCCUGUACUAUUCAAUAGAAAAGCCUCUGAAAUUCUUCCAGACUGGAGCUUUGCUUGAGAUCCUGCAUUGUGCGCUUGGCAUUGUUCCCUCUUCUGUUGUUCUGACUGCUUUCCAAGUGAUGUCAAGGGUUUUCCUGACGUGGGCAGUAACACAUAGUGUAAAAGAGGUACAAACUGAAGAUAGCGUCCUGUUGUUUGUGGUGGCCUGGACAAUCACUGAGAUAAUCCGUUAUUCUUUUUAUACGUUUAGCUUGUUAAACCAUCUCCCUUAUCUCAUCAAAUGGGCCAGGUACACUUUGUUUAUAGUAUUGUAUCCAAUGGGAGUCUCAGGUGAAUUACUCACAAUAUAUGCUGCAUUGCCCUUCGUCAGGCAGUCUGGCUUGUAUUCCAUUAGUUUACCUAACAAGUACAAUUUUUCUUUUGACUACUAUACGUUCCUGAUCCUGGUUAUGAUCUCUUACAUUCCAAUCUUUCCUCAGCUGUAUUUUCAUAUGCUACAUCAGAGGCGAAAGGUACUCUCCCACACUGAAGAACACAAGAAGUCAGAGUAAUUCCAGCUCUUUUUCAGAACUUUUCAAACAUCAAAAUGCUGCAGAUUUUCAAUACCCAGCACAUUUAUAAAGAAUAUAUCAAGAUAAAAUAAGUCAGAGGUAAAAAACCAAUAAUUUACCAAGAAUAACCAAUAAAUCUGAUUCCACUGAAAUUCCACAAUGUAAACAUUGAAAUAAUUUUCGGCUUGCAGUGCUUCAGAAAACUUUUAAACUUUAUACGGCUUGGCAAUUAACCUUUUCCUUAAAUGAUGUGCUAAGUGGUUUUCAUUACUGAAUGCCUGAAGGUUGCAGUAUGAGUGAUGAAGUUGAACCCACUAAAUGCUUGAAUUGGGAUUGUAUUACUGAUACCUCUUUUUUUUUAAGUGCUUGAUUGCAUGCCAGAAACUGUAUGUAUUGCUGUGAAAGCAAACAAUAUGCUCUGGAAUACUCUAGGAUUUUGUCAGAGACUCCAGUGGACAAUGUAAUCCGGGCAAAGUGCUUGAAUUUAGAAAGGUAGGUUGUGUAUUUAAAAGGUGAUGGGAACAAGAACAGGAAACCAAUUAUGGGAAAUGAGGGGAAUGUGAUUCUUUAGGAAUUUAAGUAGCAGGGUGUCUGACCAGAGUGUGUUCUCUGAAGAUCUUGUUUAAGAUGGUUCUCAAUUGCUAAUGUUAAUUCAGAGGCUAUAAUGCUUAUCUGAAACAUUAAAAUUCCUCUAAGUACUGCAUCCCUGGAUACUUUUUUAAAUAUUAAAAAAAUGAUAAUACUAACUGUAACAUUUCUAGUGAUAUCAGUAAUGAAUCUAAACAAUACACGGAGAUAAGUCACCCAAAACCAGGUGCAGUUCUCGCUGUUUUGCUUUAAAAUUAUCAUCUCUAAUUACUG